AUGUCGUCCUCAACAACAAGCGGUUUGUUAGAUAAUGGAACAAGUGAAGUAAUUGAUCCUGAUACAUAUUUCGAUACACAUAAACCCCCAAAAUUCUUAGCAGAAGACGAAAGAAAAAUAGAAGAAUUUGUAAACAGGAAUAGUAAAACCGGUAGAAGAAUAGUUUUGAUUACUAGUGGAGGAACUGCAGUACCACUCGAGAAUAAUACAGUAAGAUUUUUAGAUAAUUUUAGCGCAGGAACUCGUGGAGCAACUUCAGCUGAAUAUCCUUAA